GCCACGACCAAGUCUAACGACGGCGAGGCUCUCUCCUCCUCGCGCUCCCCUGGAUCUCUACCUCGCCUCCACCGCCGGCGAGAGGAGGCCGGCCCGGCGGGUGGCGCCGUAGCGGCAUCGAUGAGGGGGUCCCACUCGCAGGCCCAGGCGGUGGGCCGCCAGCGGAGGCGGUGCGGGUGGCUGCUGCCGCUCCUCGUCGGCGCGGCCUUCCUCGGCGAGAUCGCGUUCCUCGGCCGCCUAGACAUGGCGAAGAACGCCGCCGCGGUCGAGAGCUGGACCACCUCCUUCUACGCUCGCUCCUCCUCCGGGGGCGUGGGCGGGGGCGGGGGCGAGGGGAAGGGUGCGGUCGUGGUCGCGGACGCACCCCCGGCACGAGGUGAGGUGGAGGUCGACGACGACGACUUCCGGCUGUGCGAGGAGCGGCUUGAGAGGGAGGACGGCGUGUCGCACAGCCGCGACUUCGACAAGGAUCCCGUUCUCGUUGGCGGUGCCACUAAGGAUUGGAAUAAAUGUUCUGUAGGAUGUGAAUUUGGGUUUUCAGCUACUAAGACACCUGAUGCUACUUUUGGAAUCGCCCCAGAUCCUAGUGUAGAGAGUAUCCUCAGAUCGAUGGAAUCAUCUCAGUAUUAUUCAGAGAACAGCAUUGCCGUGGCUCGAGGGAGAGGUUACAAAAUUGUGAUGACAACAAGCCUUUCCUCUGAUGUACCUGUUGGUUACUUUUCAUGGGCUGAAUAUGAUAUAAUGGCACCUGUGCCCCCAAAGACUGAAGAAGCGCUAGCUGCAGCAUUUAUUUCAAACUGUGGUGCACGCAAUUUUCGUUUGCAAGCCCUUGAAAUGCUCGAAAGCUUAGAUGUUAAAAUUGAUUCUUACGGUAGCUGUCACCGUAAUCAUGAUGGCAAAGUUGAUAAAGUGGAAACUUUGAAACGCUACAAAUUUAGCUUGGCCUUUGAGAAUUCUAAUGAGGAAGAUUAUGUUACAGAAAAGUUUUUUCAAUCGCUGGUAACAGGAGCUAUUCCUGUUGUCAUAGGUGCUCCAAAUAUUCAAGAGUUUUCUCCUGGAGAAGGUGCAAUAUUACACAUUAAGGAGCUUGAUGAUGUUCCUUCCAUUGCAAAGACAAUGAAACAUAUUGCAUCAAAUGAGGAAGCGUUUAAUCAAUCUUUGAGAUGGAAGUAUGAUGGCCCAUCCGAUUCUUUCAAGGCCCUUAUUGACAUGGCAGCAGUUCAUUCAUCCUGUCGCCUUUGCAUACAUGUUGCAACGAAAAUUCAUGAAAAAGAGGAAAAGACUCCAAAAUUUAUGAAUCGCCCAUGUAGUUGUUCAAGCAAAAGAGGAAAGGUAUACCACUUAUUUGUCAGAGAAAGAGGGCGGUUCAAGACAGAGAGCAUUUUUCUGAGAUCGGACCAAUUAACUAUGGGCGCUUUGGAGUCCGCAGUGCUUGCUAAAUUUAGAUCCGUCAAUCAUGUUCCUGUGUGGAAGGAUGAAAGACCACCGAGUAUUAGAGGUGGUGACGAGUUGAAGGUAUACAAAAUUUAUCCAAUCGGUCUUACACAACGGCAGGCAUUAUACCAGUUCAGGUUUAGAGAUGACGCGGAUCUUGAGAAAUAUAUUAAAGAUCAUCCGUGUGGAAAGCUUGAAGUAAUUUUUGUAUAAUUAUGCUUUAGGCAUUUUCCCCUUGCACCCUUCGCUAGUUCAGAAUGCCAUCGUGUGGUGUUUUCUGCUGUA